AUUGAUCUUUAUCUUUUCCUGUAAGGAAUGAUCAGAUUAAAAAAUAUAUAUAUUUACAUGAUAAAAUAUGAAUUAACAAAUUACAACCACAUUUAAAUUCACUUUGCGUCAGACAAUAUGUCCUAACUGGAGAACAGGCAUUUGUGUCAAAAAUUAAUGAUACAUACACAGUCAUAUGAGUUCUAUUAUUAUUCUUUCAGAUGUGAAUUCAAAUUUUAAGUAUGUGGUCGGCGACAUUUAGUCCCACAUCCGCUGGCUCUUUUUGUUCUACAUAAUCUUCAAUAUAGGCGUGAAAAUUCAUAAAGUAUCUGAAGGCAUUUCUUCUUGACCUUGAAUCGGCAUUUAAAGAAGUGCAAAUUAGGCUACGCUAGCUGCUGCCAUUUACUUUCAUUGUUCUUGCUUCUUAUUCAACAGUCUAUAAGUCCACGUCUUUUAUCUUUAUUUUAAAUGUUGUAUGCUGAAAAAUACUUCAACAAUUUUGACCGUCCUGGAACCAAUUUCAAGUCCUCAUUCUAGGUGUCGCUGUUGACCACGUCUGAAACUUCAAAUCAUGUGUCAAUGCGUCCACGUGAUGGGGAAGAGCCUGAGACUCAAGGCCAUUUUCAAAUUUCAUUGGUGAGAGUGUCAUGUGGUUGCAGAGAGACUCUCUGGGUUACACAGGGAUUGUUUUGCUAGAUAUGUCUGCUUACAGAGGACACUUCUCUUCUUCUUCUUCUUCUUCUUCUUAAAAAAAAAAAAAAAAAAAAAAACUCUCCAAAAAUGUCCUUUCCAAACAGCUCUCCUGCUGCUAACACGUUUCUAGUAGAUUCUUUGAUUGGGGCGUGUAGAACAGAUUUUUACUCCAGCAGUAACAUGUACAUGCCAUCCACUGCAGAAAUGGGAACCUAUGGAAUGCAAACCUGUGGACUCCUGCCGUCUCUUGGCAAACGGGGGGAAAUAAACCACCAAAACAUGAGCAUGAACGUCCACUCGUACAUACCUCAAACUGAUAACUGGGCAGAUCCGAGCAGGUCCUGCCGAUUAACGCAACCGCUUAACCAGAUGUCCACCUGCACAUUUUCACAAAGUAUAAAAGAAGAGACUAAUUGUUGUAUGUACUCCGACAAACGAGCAAAAGUCAGUUCGUCCGACAUACCCGCGUACUCCAACCUGAUUCCAGAAUCGUGUUCCGUUGACAGUCCAGAGAUUCCGGUACCUGGCUAUUUUAGGCUAAGCCAAACUUAUGCGACGGCGAAAAACCAGGACUAUGACAACGAGAUGAUGAGCCCAAACACGACGUUAAUGCAGCUGAACAUGUUGACUCCAAAAGCGCAGUCAACGCCCUUUGUCGAGGUGGAAAAGAAGAUCCCGCACGAACGGGACACCAGGAGCUCUUCCCCGGCGCAGAGUCCAGAGCCCAAAGCCAGCACACAGGAGGAGAAGAACAGCUCUACUGAGGCGUCUGUCUCCAGCCCUGAAUUGCCACACAGGGAAAGGAAAGAGUCCAAAAGCGACACACCGACGAGCAACUGGUUAACUGCGAAGAGUGGAAGGAAAAAAAGAUGUCCAUAUACAAAGCACCAGACCUUGGAAUUAGAAAAAGAAUUUUUAUUCAACAUGUACCUGACUCGGGAGCGCCGUCUAGAGAUCAGCAAAAGCGUCAACCUCACUGACAGACAAGUGAAAAUCUGGUUUCAAAACCGCAGAAUGAAACUUAAGAAGAUGAGCAGGGAAAAUCGUAUCCGUGAACUUACCUCCAAUCUCACUUUUUCGUGAGCAUGCAAACAAGUGCAGUUCCUAAAAUUACCCCCCUCUUUUCGGCCCAUAUAGUCUCCUGUAUAAUGAUGACAUGAGGGCAGUGGACACUGUUUGGGUUACUUUCACGUUCCAGUAUUGCUAUUGUGGCUACAUCAUUGUCAUUUGUUGCUACAUCCUUGGUUACAUUUAAAAUGUGAAUCGCUGUGUAACUUUAAUAUGUUCCACAGGGUAUAAAAGUGUUGUCAGGACUUAACCUUGUUGGGUGUGUCAUUUCCAGCGGGAACAGAGCAAAACUGUCGCAGAAACUGUUGAGACAAAAAAAAAAAAACAAAACAAAACAAAAAAAAAAAACACUUUGAACAUGAAAGCACAUUGACAGUGAAGAGUGUCCAUUCUUUCUCCAGUAAAGCGGACAUUUAUCUGGCAUCAUUACAUAUAAAAGUUUCUGUAUAGUGAAUGUUUAAAUAUGUCUUAUCAGUGCAUGUUUGUGGCAUGUGGU